AUGAAUUCAUCAGUUAGUGAAAUAGUUAACGGAAUUACUGUAAAUUCCAAUACUAUUAAUAACCCUAGGAUUACUACUCGUCCAAUUAUCUUUAUUGAUUCAAAUAAUCCAGCUAAUCAGAAUCAAAUAAUUACGCACAGUGACACCAGUUUAAUGUUUAGACCUCCUUUUCCACCAGCACUUGAAGCCGAUGAUAUUUUCUGCAAAAAACCAGAUGGAACUAAUCCUACCAAACCACCCAAUGCAUUCAUGCUUUAUCGUAGAGCAUUUGUAAAGGUCGCUCUAGCUAAUGGAUAUAAAUUCCCAAUGACUGUUAUUUCUUCGAUGGCCUCGCAAGCCUGGAGACAAGAAUUACCUUUCGUCAAAGAUGAAUACAAAAAGCUUUCCAAAGAAGCAAAGAAAAAUCAUGAUUUAUUGUUUCCAAAAACGCCUAAAAUAUACGAAUCCAAAAGAUGGCGUGUAUACCCAAUUAAGCCAAAAAAUAAACUUACUCCAGAACAAACUACACCUUUAAUUACAAAUAAAGAAUCAUUAAUUAUUUCUGAACCAUCAACUUAUCCUACACCAGAAGUUGUCAAUGAAAAUGACGUAACUUCUAAUGAAUGGGAGCAACUUUUCAACUUUUAUGUUGAUCUGUACAAAGAAAAGAACGACGAACAAAAUAUUUUUAUUCGGGAAGAUUUUCUCGAGAGUCACAACAAUAAUAUGAGGUCAGAUUUAGUUAAUGUUUUGCAAUCACAAAAUAUUCCUGAAAUUUUGAUUUAUACUCAACAUGGUACAUUCUUAGAUGUUGAGCUAACAUCAGAGAUAAAUGAAUCUCUAGAUUCUUGUUGUUCUCCGAUUGAACUUUCUAAUUUCUGCCUACCAGAAGAAUAUUAA